AUGUCUACUGACCGUUCUAUCACAAUUCAACUUCUCACUAUGAUAAUCAUUCUACUCUUCGCCUGUCUUCCCCUAUUCACGUUUGGCUCACACUUAUCUCACCUCCCUGCAGAGCGGAAAGCAUGUAAAUCGGAAAAGAUAACAUACAUUCCUGUUGAAAAAGACUUUUAUGAUGAACCCAUUGAGCUCUUUUUCGACUCUGGAUUGAAUUUCAACCAUAUCCCAGUCACCAAAAUUUUGAAAGAGGAAUGUGGACUCAUAGAUAAAGAGACUCCUUCAUUGAGCCGACGAGAUAAACGCUCGCCUUUUGCUCGGGGAAUUUACCGUCUUAGUAAAUACUUCAUUCACUUUUACCAAAAAAGCAAGAAGAUGCUGAAACCAGAACUAUUGAGAGGUAUUGAAAAAGUCGUGUCGAAGCUCAAUCAUAUUAAGCCAUCAACUGGAAAAGUCAAGUUUGCUGGAAUCGGAAAAUUCUUCCGAGAAGUAUGGGAAAACUUGGAAGAUGUUCUCAGAGAGGAGAAUGAUGACCACGUCAAUGUGAUUCUGGAGCACACAUUCAGAACAAGUCUCCAGCUCUUGAUUCAUCAAAAUGAAACCUCCGAAAUGAUCCUCAACCAUCCUAAAAUCCUCGACAAGAUCAAGAAACGUAUUCCAGUGGAAAAUCCAGGACUUUUGUCAUCUGUUAGAGUAUCGAGUGUUGAGUGUCAUCCAUUUCACAGAGAUUCUCAGGCUGUGCUCUACUUCAAACUGAGAAUUCCAAAGGUUGAACGCUUAACGAUCGAAAAGUGCGAUGACAUCGGCACAAUAACGCAGAACUCUUAUCAGUUCUACGAGAUUCCGACCGCAACAUUCAAACGAAACGGUCAUGUGUUCAAAGUGGACCUCGAAAAAUGCGUUUCCGAUUCGUUCACGUUUUGCCCAUUCGAUUCCAUUCGACCAACGGAUUGCUCAAAGGAGAAACUGCAACACUGCAAUUUAAAGAAAGAGGAACUUGGGAACUUUUCGAGAGAAUUGCAACAAGGAUUUGCAGUCUAUGGAGAUUUUAAGCAAAUAUUAAUGGAGAAGAAUGAGUUACAGGAUCUCUGGUUGGUGAAACCACGAACACUCUACCACAUUAUUCCUCAAACCAAUGAAACCAUUAUGAUCGGAAAGGAAACAUUGAAGCAGGACACUCACUCAAAUGUGACUGUCAUUCGUCAAGUUCAAUUUUAA